GCGGAGGAGGUGGCGGCGGGGGCCGGUACUGAACCCGGCGGGAUGAGCGAGGUGGAGGCGGCAGCGGUGGCGACAGCGGCCCCCGCGGCGACGGUGCCCGCCACGGCAGCAGGGGUGGUAGCGGUGGUGGUACCGGUGCCGGCGGGGGAGCCACAGAAAGCAGGCGGCGGGGCAGGCGGCGGCGGGGUUGGAGCCGCCUCGGGGUCCGCUGCUGGAUCUCCCUCGGCGCCAGGCCCCCGCAACCCUGGCAACCUGGCGACGGCGGCCUCAGGGACCCCCGCACCCCCAGCCCGGAGUCAGGCGGAAAAGCCGGUGCUGGCAAUCCAAGUCCUGGGCACUGUCAAAUGGUUCAACGUCCGGAAUGGUUACGGAUUCAUCAACAGGAAUGACACGAAGGAGGAUGUCUUUGUUCACCAGACAGCUAUUAAAAGAAACAACCCCAGGAAGUUUCUGCGCAGUGUUGGAGACGGGGAGACUGUGGAGUUUGAUGUCGUGGAAGGAGAGAAGGGUGCAGAAGCUGCUAAUGUAACUGGGCCCGGGGGGGUGCCAGUGAAGGGCAGCCGCUAUGCCCCCAAUCGACGUAGGUUUCGCCGAUUCAUCCCCCGCCCUCGUCCAGCUGCCCCACCACCCAUGGUGGCAGAGGUUCCAUCAGGUGGGACGGAACCAGGCAGCGAAGGGGAGCGAGCUGAAGAACCUGGGCAGAGGCCCAGACGACGGCGCCCACCACCCUUCUUUUAUCGCCGUCGCUUUGUGCGAGGCCCAAGGCCCCCCAACCAGCAGCAGCCUAUAGAGGGCACUGACGGGGUAGAACCUAAAGAGACAGCCCCAUUGGAGGGGGACCAACAGCAGGGAGACGAGCGGGUGCCCCCACCCAGAUUCCGGCCUAGGUACCGAAGGGUCCCCACUUCACUCCCCAGGCCUUUCCGCCCCAGGCCACCCCAGCAGCCUACCACAGAAGGUGGGGAUGGCGAGACCAAGCCCAGCCAAGGUCCCACUGAUGGUUCCCGGCCUGAACCCCAGCGCCCACGAAACCGCCCCUACUUCCAGCGGCGAAGGCAGCAGCCCCCUGGACCCAGGCAUCCCACAGCCCAGGAAGCCUCAGCUCCCAUCAAUAGUGGGGACCCCACUACCACCAUACUGGAGUGAUUCCAACUCAAAGCACACCCAGAGCUACCACCUGGUAAUCUGCCAGUUUUUCCAACUGACCUAUACCCUACCCAGUAACCCCCUCCCCCCUUUCCCAUAAUUCAUGGCAUCAGAACACUGGCCUUUUCCCCUUUUCCUUGAGACUCAGGAGGGCCAAAGCAACAGCCUUUUGCUUUUUUUUUUUUUCUCUCUCUCCUCUACCAAGGUUGAAGGAAGAGAUCUAUCCUUUUUGUUCAGAGGCACCAACUCCCUCCCCUAAAUCAGGCUGAGAAGGAACCAGCCAGCUAUUAACUCCUCCUGGUUGUUUUUCUUUCCCAUCCCAGUUUAUUUUUUGUUUCCCUUCUAUCUUUGACCUCUGAAGCCAUUUUAUGAACUGUCAUGUGCCACCUGAGCCUCCAGUAAAAACAAAAACAGGCUUUCCUGUUGUCUUGGUCUCUGCCUCUUUUCUGUUUUGAGAAUUGCUGGUAACCUGCUGGUGAAGGUGGGGAGGAGGAGGAUGUGGGGUAGUGGGCAGGGACUUGUCUUGAAUCCUUGUUCCCAUGUUUCUAGGUGUGCAGCUCUGAACAAGUGCUUUCAUCCCUGUGAGAGUCACUUCCCAUCUGUAAAACGGGGAUAAUAUUUCCCUUGCAGAAUGCAUGUUUUGUAAAGUGCUGAGAGCAGUCUGGCACUUGCAGCUACAACUUAUUAGCAUUUACUAUUAAAAGCAAUGACUAAAAAUAUAAGUGGGGGCA